AUGAUGAUGAGGCUGAGCACUAGCAGCAGUAGUGGAAAGGGUGAGAGUCCUCCAGCCGAUCAUAAUGCACCCGUCGCCAACCCUCAGAGACCGUCGCUAGCUCUAAUCACUGAGUCCCCUCACAUCAGUUCGAGUUUCCGACAUUCCGCAUCCCUCUCGCGUGGCCGAAAGACCCUCAAAAAGUAUCGCGACUCCGACCAAGAUCCCUUCUCCCCUUCCGAUCAACCCGCUCCACUGGCUCAGAAGACAACUCCUGUUAAUUCGCUCAGGCCAUCUUCGAGCAGGAAGAUGCUUCAAGUACGGCCAGGUACUUCCCAUCAGUCUACUGUACCACCAUUUCCCUUGUCUCAGCCUCAAAGUCCAUCGCUGGAGAGCGUCACCUUCCAGCACAUACAGGAGACGGCUACAAAGCGGAUCUCAACCCUAGACUAUUUGCGAAAAGCACAUGAGGGACGAGUUUACUGGUUCAACACACUACUCUUAACGAAAGCAGACCUACAGCGAAUAUCGAACCUAGAUUACCGAAAACUCGCUCGUCGGGCCACCAACUACCUCCUUCUGGGCCUGUCUCUCCCUAUCAUAAUCGACCUCUAUUGCUCUAGUCCUAUCGAAUUUCUCAAGACCCUCAGUGCCCUUUUGUCCGAAUUCGAGUCCUUUCAACAGCGGGCCACAGUCGCCGGAAUCAAAGGUCGCCGCACUAGCUCUGCGGCAGAUAUCGGUCUGCCCAUGGGACAUGAGGGUGACGUUAAAUCUGUCAAUGGCAAUGGGGGUGCGUCAAGCGCAAACACCAAUACAUCAUUUCCCACAAGCGAGAAUGACCUCCACCCGGGCGAAGAGUACACAUAUCUGCUGACUCCCUCACUUCCUUUCGAACCGGACAUCUGUGAAACUUUUGCAACUUUGUGCGACGUGCUCAUAGACUGCUACACUAAGCUCAUAGCCCUCAUUUCUAGUCCGAGGGACACAAGUCCAGUGAUAGCGGAGUAUUUUGCUAAAGUAGACUCUCGGAUACGGAAAUUGUUGGUACAGGGAGUAGUAAAGGAGUUUGAGGAUGUCAGCAGAGCAGGUGUACGCAGUGAAAUUUCGGGUGUAGGUCGAGUUGUAUUAGGGGGUUUAGUUUAG